AUUGAUCUCGCCCUUCGCGCCUGGUACAUUUGAACUAAUUCUGCAACAAGGAUUGACAGAAUGACAGAUGACUUAAAGUUAACCUCAAAACUUUACGUUCGUAAAAAUAAAAAAUAAAAACAUUUUAAUUGAUUUUAAUUAAAUCAAAACACUAUUGUUGUGAUAACUAUUUAGUUGAUAAAGACGAUAAAAUGGAUUGGAACAUUAGAUACGAUAUGCAUAGCGAUAACGAGUGUGAUUCUAACGAAAACGCUUUGACUACGAGAAAUGUACUGGAAAUGAACAGUGAAAAUUUGAUUUUUCAACAAAACGAUUUAUUCCCUUCGGCAUUCCCUUUGAUGGCCGAUAUUAGAAGACAAGGAAAACUAUGUGAUGUAGUCCUAAAGGUUGAAGGGCAACACUUCAGUGCCCAUAAAAUUGUCUUGGCUUCUACCAUCCCAUAUUUUCAUGCUAUGUUUAUGAAUGAUAUGGUCGAGUCCAGAAAUAAAGAAAUCGAAAUUAAAUGUAUUGAUGCCACUGCCUUAGAAGCAUUGGUAAAUUUUGCCUAUACGGGUAAAGUUGUUCUGGACAAAAAUAAUGUACAAAGUAUUAUGAUCGGUGCAUCUUAUCUACAAUUAAAUAAAGUCCGCGAUGCUUGUGCUAAUUACUUGUUACAAAGGAUUCACCCACAAAAUGCUCUAGGGUUCCGUCAUUUUGCAGAAUCUUUAGGUUCCUCGACAUUAGCCGAAUCAGCUGAAAAAUAUAUUGACUGGUAUUUUCAUGAAGUUUCUCAGCAUGAAGAAUACUUAUCAUUAUCCCUAGUUGAAAUUAAAAAUUUGUUAGGUAAAAAUGAUCUUAGAGUUGACAAUGAAGAACAAGUAUUUGAAGCAUGUAUGCGAUGGGUUAAGCACGACAUCGACAAUAGAAAAGAAUUCUUGCCAGAAUUACUGUCUCUAGUACGUUUGCCUCUUCUGUCACCUUUAUACAUUACUGAUCGAGUCAGGAAUGAGGAACAAAUAAGAUAUUCUAUACAGUGCAGAGAUUUAGUAGAUGAAGCUUUAACAUUCCACCUUAUACCUGAAAGAAGAGCACUAAUACAAAGUUUUCGGACCGAACCUCGCGUUUGCGAAGUUAAGGGAUACAUUUAUGUUGUUGGAGGCUUAAAUAGACAUGGCGAAUCUCUUUCGACUGUCGAAUAUUACGAUUCGAAAUUGGAGAAGUGGAACUUGGCUCCCGCAAUGUCAAUGAUGAGGUCGCGACUGGGCGUCGCUGUUAUUAAACAUAAACUCUACGCAUUCGGCGGUUAUAAUGGUAGAGACAGACUAUCCAGCGUUGAAGUUUACGACGCAUUGCAAAAGAAAUGGAGUAUGGUUACACCGAUGAUAUGUAAAAGGAGUGCCCUUGGAGCAACAGCACUGGCUGAUAUAAUCUACGUAUGCGGAGGUUAUGACGGAGUCACUUCUCUAAACUCCGUAGAAAGAUAUCAUCCUAGUACAAAUUCGUGGUGUUCGCUAGCUCCAAUGAACAAAUCAAGAAGCGCUGGUGCUGUUAUUGCUUGCCAAGGACAUAUUUAUGCACUGGGUGGCCACGACGGUCUCUCAAUAUUCGAUUCUGUUGAAAGAUAUAAUCCCACCACUAAUACAUGGAUCGAAGCGCCGCCUAUGCUUACCAAGAGGUGCCGAUUAGGAGUAGCUAUGCUUGGAGGAAAACUCUACGCUUGUGGAGGAUAUGAUGGAAGUUCAUUCCUUCAAACUGUAGAAAUGUUUGAUCCAAGAGCUAACAAAUGGACCUACGUUGCUCCCAUGAACGCUCAACGUAGCAGAGUGGCUCUGACAGCUAACAUGGGCAAACUGUGGGCAGUUGGUGGCUACGACGGCAUUUCAAACCUGGUGACCGUGGAAGUAUAUGAUCCGAAGCUGAACGAAUGGAAGUAUGCUGCAGACAUGAUAGCUCACGAAGGUGGAGUCGGUUUAGGUGUAAUUUCCAUUCCAUAAUUUUACGUUUUUAACUUGAACAGGUUAGAACUAAGCGGUAACUAAACAGGGAGGACCAAAAAUAUCGCAAGAAAAAUGUUUUUAUUGUAAUUACAUCUCUAUACAGGGUGGUCAGAAUUGUAUUCCGGAAAGUUCGGUAUCCUAUUCUGCAGAUAAAAAUAAGUAAAAAAUUGUUAUAAAUGAAUAUCCGAAAAUUCUUCCUUUUGAAAAAGUUUCAUUUUUAUUUCGAUUUUUUCUAAAUAAUUUCUGAACUAACACCGAUAUUUGGAUGAAAAUUAAUGUCUGGGUAUUUUUUGAAAUGAGAAAUUUGAUUUAGAUUAUUAAUAUGACUCCUACUUGUAAGGGGCGCCAACUAUAUGUUUUUUGAUGAGCAAUAACUUUUCGUCUGUACCUGUAUUACACUACUGACUGAAAAAUAUACAUUUCCGCCAUUUUUACGUGAAAUAGGGUCUCUUAGACCGAAAUAAUAAAUUUGGAAAUGUCUUGGUUUCAAAGAAAGGUUUAACAGAAAUUGUUUUAUCAUACUGUUUUUUUUUCAGAAAAAAAUAUGAUUAAAACUGUUUUAUCAUAGUUUUU